CCUCAUGAAACUUUCUUUUUAUGACCCCCAUCACACUUUAUGACCACAGAUCAUGUCGGUAAAUGUAUAUCCAUAACUGUGGACAAAAAGCAGUGGGGUGGAGGUAGGAGUGUCAUGAAAACUUUUCUGGCCUCUUAAAAUGAAGAACCCAUGCUGAAGAAUCAUCUGGAACCUGGCUGACAGACAGCAAAGAACAGAAGCUUACUGGGAAAAAAUAAAAAACUGGUGUCAAAAUGUUUAAGAUUUGCAAAGCUAAAGAGGAGCAUCAAACUGCUUCAGGGCAGGUAAAAAUUAAAAAGAAAUCAAGCGUGCCUGGAGUUAUGAUCACUCAAUACGUAGAAGAACUACCCCAGGGAAUGACCACUCCUGAUUUCACCCGGAAACCGAUCGCAGUUACUAUUCAAGAAGGAAAACUGGCAAUCUUCAGAGCUAUWGUUACUGGUAACCCAACCCCAGCUGUCACCUGGGUGAGGAAUAAUGGAGAAAUUGAUGAAGAAAGAUACAAAGCUGUGUUUGAUAARAUUUCUGGUGAACAUCAACUGCAGAUGCCUGAUGUGUGUGUGGAUCAAGCUGAUACCUACAAGUGUUAUGCAAGAAAUGAGUAUGGAAAAGCACUUGUAACUGUUACACUCAAUGUCAUUGAAGUUGGCUAUAAAAAGAACAAAGCAAUGCAACAAUCAAGAACAGCUAUACGAGAGUUACCCGAAGACUUUAAAAAAACUUUGAGAAGCACGGUGUACUCAGAGCCUAAAGAAGAAGUAAAGCCAGAAAUCGAUGACAAGUUCUGGGAUCUGCUAUUGAGUGCAGAAAAGAAAGAUUAUGAGAACAUUUGUGCACAAUAUGGUAUCACUGAUUUCCGUUGGAUGUUAAAGAAGCUAAAUGAAAAGAAGCAAGAAAGGGAGCAGGAACAAGAGAAGGUUGUUGAAAAACUCUGUAACCUGAAGCACAUCGAACUGAAACCAAGUGGCGCUGCAGAGUUUGAACUUGAAAUGUCACUCAAAGACAUCAACAGCAAAAUAUUCUUGUUUAAGGAUGGAGUAAUGAUUCCUUUCGAUGUGGACACAGAAGUAAAACAUGGCCUUAAGCGAGUGGGAAAGAGAUUUGUUUUCAGCAUAAAUGGUGUUAAUCCUGAAGACGCAGGAUUGUACCAGCUGGAAGUUGAUGGAAUUAAAAUAUUUUCAACUGAAUUAAAAAUUCCAGUAGUAGACUUCUUGGUUAAGAUUCAAGACGUGAAUGCACAGGAACGAGAGGAUGCUGUGUUUCAGUGUGUACUCUCACAUCCAAUGAAAAACAUAUUCUGGAUGGGGAAGAAAAACCCACUAGAGCAAGGAGACAAAUAUGAUAUCACUGUAUCAGAAGACAUGCUGAUUCACACUUUGGUGGUGAAGGACUGCCUGCUACUGGACAAAGGAAUCUAUGCAGCCGUGGCUGGAAUUAAAUCCUGUAACGCCUGGCUUAUAGUGGAGGCCGACAAAGAUCCAAGCACAGUUGGAAAGAAGAAAGCUCGUAAGACAACUCGUGCAGGUGGUGGUGGAGAUGAUCUUCUCAGGAUUGCCCGGGAGCAACAGGAAAAGUUACAAAAAGAGAGAGAUGAGAUGAUUGCAAAGGUGAAGGAAAGAGCUGAGGAGGAGAAAGAGGAGGAUGAGGAGGAGGAGGAAGAGGAGGCAGCAGCCACUGAAGUAAGAGAUGAAACACUGGAAUGUGAACCUGAGCCAGAACCACAAGUUCAAUCUGACGUUCGACCGAAGGAAUUGGCUCCAGCAGAGGCAGGACCAAAAGUAGAAGUGGCAGCAGAUUCAGAAAAAGUUACAUCAGAAUCUCAGUUUGUAAAACAAAAAGAAGAGAAAGAAUCAAAACCAGAAGAACCUGUACCAGUAAACAAGGAAGUAGCUCUUGCUGAGGAAGAGGAACCUGUUCAAGAAAAAAGACAGAGAGAGAGAAAAGGCCCACUUGUUCCAGAAACUGUUGUUGACCCAGUGGUUUACUUCACCAGUGGUCUGUCAGAUGUAACUGCUAUUAUUGGCACUGAUGCAGAACUGCUCUGCAAGCUCAGCAGUGAAAACUGUGAUGCUGUCUGGUACAAAGAUGGGAAAGAGAUAACAGAUGCAGACAAUAUUAGUAUUGUUAAAGAUGGAACUUAUCGCAAACUAAUCAUCAAAGAUUGCAAAGAGGAGGAUUCUGGAAAGUAUAAAUGUGAAGCUGAUGGGCGUAAAACUGAAGCAGUGCUAAAUGUUGAAGAUCCUCCAAGGAUCAACCCAGAUGACCUUGCUGAGUUUAUGAAACCCGUUAAGAUCAAAACUGGAAAAGACGCAGCCUUCAAGCUGUCAUUUGUUGGUCGUGAACCCAUGAAAAUCCAGUGGUAUAAUGAUGGUGAAGAACUAAUGGAUGAGACCAAUAUCAAGAUUGACAAGUCGUCCUCACAUAGCMGACUGCUGCUAACCAAAUGCCAACGCAGAACCAGUGGAGAAAUCAAGAUUAAAAUUAAGAAUGAAUGUGGAACAAUUGAGGCUGUCACACAGCUUAUCGUAUUAGAUAAACCGACACCACCUCUAGGUCCAGUGGACAUAAUUGAAAGUUCUUCUUCUUGCAUUGAGUUCAAAUGGAGACCUUCCAAAGACAGCGGUGGAUGCCCCGUAACAAACUACAUCCUCGAGCGCCAGCAAAUUGGUCGCAACAGCUGGACAAAACUGGGCAAGAUUGGCUCAGAGCCUAAAUACAGAGACACGGAUGUGGAUCAUGGCAGAAAAUACUGCUACCACAUCAGAGCAGAAACAGAUCAUGGCAUCAGUGAAAUGAUGGAGACGGACGACAUCCAGGCAGGAACAAAGGCUUACCCUGGACCUCCAUCURCACCAAAAAUUGUUAGCGCUUUCAAAGACUGUAUCAACCUUGCUUGGACUGCACCGACGAACACAGGAGGAACAAACCUUUUGGGAUACAAUGUGGAGAAACGCAAGAAUGGAAGUAAUCUGUGGAACAUUGUCAACCCACCCGAUGAGCCCAUCAAAGGAAAACAGUAUGGUGUAAAGGAUGUCGUUGAAGGUAUUGAGUAUGAGUUCAGAGUAUCAGCCAUAAACACAUCUGGUGUUGGGGAGCCAAGUGUACCCUCUGAAUUUGUGAUUGCAAGAGAUCCAAAGAAACCUCCUGGUAAAGUUACUGACCUGAAGGURACAGCGUCUACAUACACUACCUUAUCCCUGAGCUGGACAAAACCCCCCGAAGAAGAAGGUGUCCAAGAUGAGGCCAAGGGAUACUUUGUGGAACUCAGACCAGCAGAAAACCCAGAAUGGGAUCGCUGUACCUCCAGCCCCAUCGUCAUGACCUCAUUCAAUAUUGUGGRACUGAAGUCUAUGGCGAUGUAUUGGGUAAGAGUUAUAGCUACCAAUGAGGGUGGAGAUGGUGAGCCUCAAGAGUUAGACAACUACAUCAUUGCAAUGCCUCCUCCUGUGAGACCCCAAUUCACUGACAAGAAAAUGACAAACUUUAUGGUAAUAAGAGCAGGGAACUCUGCACGAAUCAACUUCAACUUUAAGGCAUCUCCAAUGCCAACAAUACAUUGGCUAAAAGAUGGCUUACCAGUGUCCAAACAUGUGACAGUGAGCAACACAGAUUCAUCAUCACAGUUGAUAAUACCCUCCUCAGAGCGCCAUGACUCAGGAAUUUACACCAUCAUUGUCAAGAAUAUUGUUGGUCAGGAGACCUCCAGCGUUGAGAUAAGAGUCACAGAUGACCCAAAGCCUCCUGGCCCUGUAGAGCUGGAGGAGAAUGUGUCAGGAACAGUCACAGUUUCAUGGACUCCCUCUCCAGAUGAGAAGAAGGACAACAGAUUGCACUACAUUGUCACCAAACAUGAUUMUUUUAAGUGUACUUGGCAAACUGUGGCCCACCAUCUCUUCAACAACAAGUUCACUGCCAUAAACAUCAUGCCAGGACGGCAGUAUAAGUUCCGCAUCUAUGCCAAGAAUGACAUGGGUCUUUCUAAACAUUCUGAGUCAGCAACCUGGGAAGUGCACCAGAAGAAAGAGAAAUUUUCUGUGACACUUCCCACCUCCAAAAGUUGCAAUUUUGAGAUGCCUCCAUCAUUUUCUGUUCCCCUAAAACUGCACAAAAGUCCUGAGAGAUACGAGUGCUACAUGAGUUGUGCGGUGACGGGAGACCCCAGACCCCGUGUUACCUGGUACAAAAACAACAUUGGCCUCAACACCAACCCUAACUACUACAUCACCAACACGUGUGGGGUCUGCUCCAUGCUGAUACUCAACGUGAGGCUCAAGGACAACGGGGAUUACACUGUUGUUGCAGAAAAUCCUCUGGGUCGAGCGGAGUGUUCAACAAAACUUGUUGUUGGAGAUUAACCUGAUGAAGUGAUGCUGUGCUCUUCAGGACACCUGCUGCAUUUAUUUGAUCGGAUCAUUUACCAGUUUUAAGUUUAUUUGUUUAUUUCAUUUUAUUUAAUUUAUUUAAAUGGUUGGGGUUAUAGUAAUGUGUUUCAAUUGAUAUGAUGAAAUAAUAAGGUAUGACAAGAAAUGAAGUAAAGAAAUCUAGAGGUUUAUUUUUAAUAUUUAGGUGUUCCAAUAUUUGAAAGGAGGAUGGAUGGAUGGAUGGAUGGAUGAUUAG